AUGACAGAUAUUGUCAAUAGUAGUGAUGGCACUACAACAACAGUUAACAAUAAUAAUAAUGGCGAAGUGAUUGAUGAUGCAGCAAGCGAUACAUUGAUUAUAUCACCACCAUCGACUAUUGAUGAGACUACACUGGCUGGUAUAGAUCAUCCAGUGUUGGUGAAGAAGUACGCACACGAGGACUCGUCCACACCAAAUUGGUUCCUGCACAAGAAGCAUUUCUUUAUCUUCUCGGCAUCGGGCAAGCCAAUCUACUCACGCUACGGAGAUGAGGUCCAGCUCAACACAUUCAUGGCGACACUCAGUGCAAUGACAUCGUUCGUCGAGGCACAGAACGACGAUCUGCGCUUCAUCACCGCUGGCGACUUUAGCUUUGUCUUCCUCAAUCGAUACCCUCUGGUACUGGUCAGCAUCUAUCAGACGAGCGAGCCACCCAAGAUCAUCCAAGGUCAACUAGACUACAUCCAUGCACUCAUCGUCUCACUCCUAACUCAAUCAAAUAUCAAAGCUGUAUUCGAUGCCAAGUAUGACUUGCGUGAUCUUCUAGGAGGUACCGACAAGUUCUUGGACAAUCUGAUCAAGAUGAUCGACAACGAUACAGCAACGCUGCUCAACUCUGUAAAUUGCCUUCGACUCAACUGUAACACCAGAAACGAAAUCACUACCAUCAUCCAAAGUAACAAGCAUGAGAAUGUAUUGUUCGCAUUACUUGUAUCAGGUAACAAACUGAUCAGUAUAGUUAAACAGAAGAAGUAUUCAUUGAAGCCACAGGAUAUACAUAUAUUGAUGAACUUUGUAUCAUCGACAUCGUCAUUCAGAGAGUCAGAGUCAUGGAUACCUAUCUGUCUGCCCAACUUCAAUGACUCUGGAUUCCUCCAUCUUUACAUUUGCUAUAUUACACCAGACGUUUGUCUACUUCUCUUCUCUGCCCAAGCAGAGGCCUUUUACAAUCUCAGCUCAUCAAAGAAUGCAAUAGUCAAGGAACUUGAAUCAAGAAACUUGGUCGAGGAAAUAAGCAAGGCAGUAUUGAGCCAUCAUUAUACGGUGCAGCAGACAGAGGUGCCGCACUUGUUGCACUUUAUGUAUAAAUCACGAUCGACUCAGUUCACAACGUCACCAAUGUUGACGGCGCCCUACAUCCAGAAGCAGGAAAAGAAACGACUGUUCCGCUUAUACCAGCACAUCACCAACCGAGUCAACAACAGCAGCACCAAGCCGCACAAGUACUUCUAUCACACCAGCCAGCACGAGACCGUCAUCGUCGCCGUGGCCAGCUCGCACGAGCUCUACGCAACAUUCAGUCCGCUGGAGACCAAGCAGAACGUCUUUGAAUCCUUCUCUGCACUACUGCAAUGGAUCAAGGACAACGAAUCCACACUCUUCAUCCAGAUG